AUGGCUAUUCCUUUGUGGUUGAAAUGCAAUCCCUCUCUUCCCCUCUUCUUCUUGUCAUUAUUCGUUACAUUCCCACAUGUAAAAUCAGGAGAUGCAGAAGCACUUCUUGCAUUAAAGGCUGUAAUUGACCCAUUUAGUUUUCUUCAAUGGGGAGGAGGAACUGGUUUCUGCAAGUGGGAAGGGGUUAAAGAAUGCAUGAAUGGAAGGGUCAUUAAGCUUGUGGUUGAAAGAGUAAAUUUGACUGGCACACUGGAUGGGAAAAGCCUGAAUCAGUUGGAUCAGCUUAGGGUUUUAAGCUUUAAAGAAAACUCAUUAUCUGGGUCAAUUCCACAACUCUCUGGCCUUAGAAAUCUGAAAUCUCUUUAUCUCAAUGAUAAUAAGUUUUCCGGCGUAAUUCCAGCAAGUCUUUCGGUCAUGCACCGCCUGAAAGUGGUGGUUCUUUCUGGUAACAGACUAUCAGGUCACAUUCCUCAGUCUUUUGUUGCUUUGAGCAGAUUGUAUGUUCUUUAUUUGCAGGACAAUCAAUUGACAGGUGAUAUUCCACCUUUUAAUCAGACUAGUUUGAGAUUCUUUAAUGUGUCUAAUAAUUUGCUCUCUGGUGAAAUCCCUGUGACAAAUUCAUUGGUUAGAUUUAAUGGAUCUUCAUUCAGUGGUAACAUUGAUUUAUGUGGUGAUAAAAUUCAAAAACCGUGUAAUUUUGGUCCGUCUACUAGUCCAUCCUAUUCAAUCCUACCCACUGAAAAAUCGGGGAAUCAUAAGAGGAAAAAGAAGCUUAUUAUUAUAAUUGUUUCGUGUGUUGGUGGAUUUGUGUUGGGCAUUUUUGCUAUCCUGCUGAUUACAUGUUUGAAGAAGAGAAGUAAGAAAGAGGAGACGAAGAGUAAAGUGGUAGCACGAGGAGUUGAUGAAGGGACUACUAGUGCUGGUAGGGAUGGUGAUAAUAGGGGAAAACAAGGAGGAUUCUCGUGGGACCAAGGGGGUGAGGGACCCGGGAGUUUGGUGUUCCUCGGACCAGGGGAUCAGCAAAUGAGCUAUAGUUUGGAAGAUUUGUUGAAGGCUUCAGCCGAGACAUUGGGGAGGGGGAGCACGGGAAGCACAUACAAAGCAGUGAUGGAGUCGGGUUUCAUUGUGACUGUUAAGAGGCUAAAGGAUGCCAGGUAUCCAAGGAUGGAGGAGUUCAGGAGACACAUUGAAAUUCUCGGUAGACUAAGGCAUCCCAACCUUGUUCCUCUCAGGGCUUAUUUCCAGGCUAGGGAAGAACGCCUGCUCGUUUAUGAUUAUUAUCCCAAUGGCAGUCUCUUCACUCUCAUUCAUGGAUCAAGAGCUUCAGGUGGUUCAAAGCCUCUUCAUUGGACAUCCUGCCUAAAAAUAGCAGAGGACUUGGCAACUGGACUGCUUUAUAUCCAUCAGAACCCUGGUCUAACUCAUGGGAACUUAAAAUCAUCAAACGUGCUUUUGGGAUCUGACUUCGAGUCCUGCCUCACAGAUUACGGGCUAACACCUUUUAGAAACAUAGAUUCCGUAGAGGAAUCCAGUGCUUCUUCCCACUUUUACCGAGCACCUGAAUGUCGUGACAUGCGAAGGCCACUAACGCAACAAGCCGAUAUCUAUAGCUUUGGCAUCCUUCUUCUCGAGCUCCUGACAGGAAAGACUCCUUCCCAGGACCUUGUUGAAGAAUAUGGCUCGGAUAUUCCUAAAUGGGUGCGAUCAGUACGUGGAGAAGGGACAGAGUCAGGUGAUGAGCCGACAUCAUCUAGCAACGAGGCUUCUGAGGAAAAGCUCAGCGCACUUUUGAACAUUGCAAUGGCUUGUAUUUCAGUUGCACCAGAAAAUCGUCCUGUGACGGGGGAGGUUUUGAGGAUGAUUAGAGAGGCAAGAGCAAAAGCUCAGGUGUCUUCGAAUAGUAGCGACCACUCACCAGGAAGAUGGUCAGAUACUGUUCAAAGCUUGCCUCGAGAAGAACAUUUGAGUAUUUGA